AUGGUAUAUGAGAGUGGGGACAACCGCAGGCUGCCACCAUUCGCCAUGGCCAUUCUGAGCCACUUACUCCUCUCGCUCACUUCCGCAGACGUCUUCGUCGGCGACCACAGCCGCUGGUGGUGGCUGGCGGUGGCUGCGACAUUUCUGGCCAUCAUUGCGGUUACUUCACUCAGAAGGUAUGCUGACGACUUCAUUACGAAACUGGUGCGUCCCAAGCCUCUACACGAAAUUCUGCACGUGCAUUACGAAGCUGCACCGCACGAUCCGUGUUCGUGGGUGAAUCUGGGCAGAGAGAAGUUCCUUCUUGUGCGGGACAAGGAUCUCGUCGCCCAAGUGCUGUCGACGGACUUCCCUGCCUUCUCCAAGCGAACCCAAAUGCACGAUUACCUCUUGGGACUAUUUGGCCAGGACGGCUCCGAGUGGCGACGUGCCCGAAGCAGCCUCACGCCGUCGUUCACGCCGGCGGCACUGCGCGCGGCUGCUGCUCACGUCAAGGCGCAUGCGCGCCGCCUGCGAGACGUCGCCGCCUGCGCGCCCUGCCUGACGCGGCGCCACCUGCUGGCCUACUGCGUCGACUGCAUCGCCUCCUCCGUGUUCGCGCUGAGCGCCGAGGCGUUGCCUACCUCCCAGGCGCCGACCACUUCUCCUUUCCUCGACGCUGUCGCUCACAUCGAUCAGGUGAAGAGAUCGGACGGUGGCCGAGUGGUGCUGCAACUGCUGGGCCGCUCGCUGUUCCACGCCCUCAAACUGGCGCAGCUGCCGAGAUCGGUGACGAGCUUCUUCAGCACAGUUGGCCAAGACAGCUUCUCCUUCCGACAACACAAUAAAGUAUCUGCCCACGAUUUCAUCAAGUCGCUGAUGAAGAAAAUGCAGCAGGAACAGAAAAGAGAAGACGAAAUUUGCGAGGAAGUAUCCGAGCAGACGGUCGCAGUGUUGUCUGCGGGCUCCAGCGACACGUGCCACGUGCUGCGCCACUGCCUGGCAGAACUGGCGGCCCUGCCCGACAUCCAGUCCCAGCUGCGAGAGCAGAUCUGCUCCGGCAACGACGCUCCACCGCUACUCGACGAAUUCAUCGCUGAAGUCCUGCGUUUACACCCCGCCGAGCCAGUACUUAUUCGAGAGUGUCAGAGCGCCUGCAAGCUGGGCGCGGAGCAGCUGCAGCCCGGAGACAAUGUGAUUGUCCCCGUGUGGUCGCUGCAUCGCGAUACCCGCCUCUCACUGAACGAUGACGCCGAUCUGCAGCGAGGGCACAACUUCCAGCUCGGUAGAAAACAAGCGGUGCAGCUCCACUUCAGUGCCGGACCAAGAAUGUGUGUCGGCUAUCGCUUGGGACUUCUUCAAGUGAGGACGGCUUUGACAGAACUUCUUUCACACUUUGAGCUGAUGGAGAGCGAUUACAAUGUUAUCCACCUCCGGAAAAUAACAUGA